AUGAUUCUCAUCGACACCUCAGCCUGGGUAGAGUUCCUGCGAAAUACGGGUUCCCCGGUAUGCGACCUUGUUGACGAAUUGCUGGCUCACGAAAUCGCCAUUUGCGACGCGAUAAGGAUGGAGGUGCUGGCAGGCGCACGCGACGAAUCACACCUGACUAGCCUACGGCGGCUGGUGGCGCGCGCGACGAUGAUACCAACGCGGACUACGGAUUAUGACGAUGCCGCUGCCCUCUAUCGUCGCUGUCGAAGGCAAGGCGAGACUGUCCGCAAGUUGAUUGACUGCCUCAUUGCCGCAGUAGCCAUACGAGCGGACUUGCCAAUUUUGCACAGCGACGUCGACUUUGGAGCUCUGGCGCGCCACACGGAAUUGCGAAUCUAUUCAUCGGUUUCAGAGCAGGGCGUGUAA